CUCUAUCCAAAUUCAAAGUCUUAACUAAAUUCUUACAACUGUUAUGGCUGAAAUUUGACUCCUUUUACAAGAAUCCCUGAAAGUUUUGAUUCUGCCCGAGCAUUAAGCUUCUGCUGAUUUAUUAAGUUUUUUUUAACCAAUUUUGAGGGGUGCUUUCUGUUUGAUGACAUCUGGUAGCUUUUCGUUUUAUGCAAUGAUACUGAGAUGCCUUCCUAGGAAAAUUGGAGUUUCUGGGCUGUCCCACAGCCUGAAUGGGAAGUUUAUUCCACGUCAUUGACUAUAAUCAAGGCAACAUGGCUAAGAAAGUUGUUACACAAAAAAGACAGGUUGAUGGUUUAGAGGCACCUCGAAACAGCUUGGAGCUGCCAGUAGAAACUUCCCAGAGCUUUCAUGGUGAAGACAAUAGAAUGUUUGAAUAUGAUGUGCCAUACAACUGGCCUGAGAACCAUUUUUCAACUGAGGCUCCAAUGAAAAAGCUGAUCAGUGAAGAAAUAUACAGAAAACAGAACACCAAAAAUAAUGCACCGAGUGUAAUAGCCCGUUUAAUGGGAGUAGAUAUGUUACCAUCAGAAACAAAACCAGUUGCACAGAAAGUUGAGAAAAAGAAUGAACUGCAUGCACAAAACUUCUGUCAAGAGAACCUUUUGAAGAAUGCCUCAAUUGGUCAUGUUCCUUAUGCAUCAAAGUCUUCCAGACACAAGAAGUUCAAUUCUUUUGACAGUAUUGAAGGAAUGAAUCCCGAUCGAUGGAAUGACAAUGCAAUUUUGGAUAAACCCAGACCUCGUGAACAUCCUCAAGAGGAGGAACUACAGAAGUUUAAAAAAGAAUUUGAAGCAUGGCAAUUGGCAAGGAUGAAGGAAUGUUCUAAGGUCAUCGAACUUGAUUGUACUCCAAGCCAGUGGAUUGCUCAGGAGAACCUCAAUAAGGAAAAGAUGGUUCUUUAUGCAAAUUCAGUUAGAAAGAUGGAAAGUGAAAAGCCCAUUGAACUAAAUGAGGGUAGAAUGGCAGCAACUGAAAGAGAUUAUUUACAUAACAAAAAAAUGAAGUCUUUUACAGCUGGGCAACUGGAGUCAGUUAAUGCAAGGAAAAGAACACCUAGUGUGGAUUUUAAGCUGCCUCCUUUAGUGAAUUCUGGUGAGGAAUUUGAUGCUGCCUCUGGACCCUCAAAAAUUGUGAUUCUGAGGCCUGGUCCUGAUACAAUGGGCAAUUGUGAAGAGUCUUGGGCAAGUUCUCCAUGUAUUUCAGAAGAGCGGGGUAGUAUAGAAGAUUUUCUUGAGGAGGUCAAGGAAAGGCUGAAAUCUGAGCUGCAAGGUAGAAAUUCUAAAAGAAGCACAAGUGUCAGAGGAGGGGGAAUCGAAACACCAUAUAGCGAAAAGCCAUCAGAUCCUAAACAGAUAGCUCAACGUAUAGCAAAACAGGUCAGAGAAAGUGUUACUAGGGACCUUGGAAUGAACUUAUUUCGCUCAGAAUCUACAAGGUCUUAUAGAAGUGAAAUUCAGUUCAAUGGAAUGGGUUCUCCUGAGUUCAUUAGCAGAGAUACAAGAAGAUUCUUGGCAGAAAGGUUGAGAAAUGUUCUGAAGGAAGAAAUUCAUCAAGGUGUACCUGUUGUUGCUCAAGGAAGCACAAGAUCAUCAAUGUUGAGUAGUGGAAGGAGAAGAACAGAAGAAUCAAGAAAAGUCUUGAGUGGAAAAAAUAAAUUGAGGUAUUGGGAUGGCAUGAAAGAUGAAUCAGAUUUUCAAAGCAGAUCUUUCAGACGGGAGCCCAAUGACAAUACAGAGAUUCAUGAGGAAUUAUCUCCAAGGAACCUCAUUAGAUCUUUGUCUGCCCCAGUAUCGGGAACAUCAUUUGGGAAGCUGCUCCUUGAGGACCGGCACAUGGUGACUGGGGCUCAGAUCAGAAGAAAGCAUGAAGCAUUCGAAAAGGUGACAUUGAAUGUGAAAAAGAGAAAAAAGGAAAAGUUCAAUCUCCGAGAAAAAGUUACUAGUCUCAAAUACAGUUUUACACUUAAAGGUAGGCUCUUUGGUAGAAAGAUCCAAUCCUUAGAGGAUCAACAGGAUAAUAAACCGGAUUGUGUGAAAGAUUUCUUGAGGCGGCCAAGCAUGAUGAUGAGCUUUUAUGAUAGACAUGAAAAUCCUACCGAGGUGCCUCCAAGUCCUGCAUCUGUGUGCAGCAGUGUUCAUGAAGAGUACUGGAGGCCAGCAGAGUAUUUUAGCUCAACAUCAGUAUCAGAUGUAGCAUCGGUAGAGGAUAGCAUGAUGCCAAACGUUUUCAGAGAGAUCAGAUCGAAUUUAAAAGAGCUAAGGAGGCAAUUGAAUGAACUCGAAACUGAUGGUUCCAAGGAUGCUAUUAUUGAUGAGCAGCCAAUGGAAACUGAUAUCAUUGAGAUUGAAGACCCAAUGGAAGCAUAUAUUAGAGAUUUGCUUCUGUUUUCCGGUUUGUAUGAUGGUUCAUGUGAUAAAGCGUUAGCAAAAUGGGACCUACUUGGAAGGCCUAUCACCAAUCAGGUAUUUGAAGAAGUGGAAGAAUCUUACAAACAUAGGAAUAAGGAUGAUGAAGGGUCCAUUAAGGAUCAAGGUGAGAAGUCAAAUCAUAAAAUACUGUAUGAUUUGUUGAAUGAAGCACUUCCAAAUGUACUUGGACCACCUGUGUCAAUGUCUAAAUUCAUGAGAAAGGCCAGUCAUCCUGCCGUGCGGCCAUUACGUGGAAGGAAGUUAUCGAAUCAAGUGUGGCAAAUUAUCAGUGGUUAUGUACAUCCCCCACCAGACAAAUCUUUUUAUUCUCUUGAUAUGAUGGUUGCUCGAGAUCUGCAGUCCUCUCCAUGGUCUAGAUUGAUGGAUGAUGAUGUCAACGCUCUAGGAAAGGAUACGGAAUCUCAGAUUUUUGGAGAUCUAGUUGAUGAAAUGGUCAAGGAUUUACAGUCCAAUUUUAUGGAAGAAAAAUCCUGUGCAUGUGGAGCCUUGUGAAUUCUUCUUACCAAAGCAAUGCAGCUGCUCUAAAACUGAGACUUGACUACUCGAGUAACAUGCCAAUUUCUUGGUAUGCCUAAUUGAGCUGACAAAAAUGAAUUCUUUCACUACCCGAAAGCACUUAAUAUAGACAUAGUUGAAUGUUUACGGUAGUAUUAUUUGUGGAUGCUUUUUGUUGUUUGUAUAGGACUUAGGUCUGUCUGGGGUUGUGAUGUAAAUUGGUUGGUGUAUAGGAAUAUAUUUUUUGGUCACUCAGUGUUAUUUAUUCGUUUGAAUGAGUU